AUGGCUUCUCCGGAGGUGACCGACGAUGAGGUCUGUCCACCAGAAGUCGAGCCCAUCAGACUGCGAUCUUACCAGCAGGAGAUGCUCGAGCGGGGCCUGGAACGCAAUGUCAUCGUGGCCAUGGACACUGGCAGUGGCAAGACACAUGUGGCCAUUUCCCGCAUUCAAGCUGAGCUGGAACGGACGACAUCCGACAAAUUGGUCUGGUUCACCACACCGAGCGUGGCCCUCAGUAUGCAGCAGUUCGAGGUCAUCAGCGCGCAUCUCCCGGCAUACCUGGUCAAGAUCCUGACUGGGCAAGUUGGUGUGGACGCCUGGACUGAUCAAUCCAUUUGGGAUGCCGUCUUGACGAAUGUGCGGGUCGUCGUCGGGACGCCUAAGGUUCUGGAAGAUGCUCUGACCCAUGGCUUCGUCACCAUCUCGAGACUCUCGUUGCUCGCGUUCGACGAAGCCCACAGAUGCCUUGGCGACAGUCCAAUGAACACAAUCAUGCGAGACUUUUACUAUCCCACCAAGGCCAGAGGGGGUGCAGUCCCUCACAUUCUCGGUUUAUCUGCCUCUCCCAUCAUGUCUGCGAAGAGUAGCACUCUUGAAGACAUUGAGAGGAAUUUGGACGCCGUCGCUAUUACGCCCAAAAUCCAUCGUUCGGAGCUGGAGAUGCAUGUUCAUCCUCCUUCGCUAACAACCGUCAUGUACUCUGAAGGACUCAACAAUCCACCACGGAUACUCGAGGCCCUUCAGCGAGUGGUGAAUUGCUACGACCUCUCUCAAGACCUUCGCAUUCUGGAGCUGCUCAGCAUCGGCGAUGAGAAGUCGCACAGGGCAUCUCAGGCACAGAUCAACAAGCCUGGCACGUAUUGCUCCAAACAGCUGAAGACACUGUAUACUCGAGCGAAAGCGAUCCUGGAACAGCUCGGCGGAUCCGCAGCAGAAUGGUAUACCACCCAAUGUAUCGAGCGAUUCAGGGCACGGAACGAAUCGCAGUCUCUCAUCUUGCCCGAUGUCAGUGAGAAAGAGUGGGCCCAUCUCACCCGCAUCCUUGACGGCGUCUUUCUCUCGAACGAUGGCUCAGGGCGCGAUACACCAAUACCUCCAAUGAUGAGCGACAAAGUCCAUUCGCUUGUGAGAAUACUCCAGCAGGAGCCGCCCUCAACACUACGGGCAAUCGUCUUCGUCGAGCAGCGGGCGGUGGUAGCUGCCCUGGCCGACCUUCUCCAAAAGGAAGCUGAGCUUCAGCUGUCAUUUGGGACAUAUGUGGGCGCAUCGCAGUAUGCGAGAAAAUCGUCUAUAGCCGACCUGGUAGAUCUGAGGCAACAGGAACAGGACCUCAUCGACUUUCGCGAGGGCAGGAAGAACGUCAUGAUCGCCACCAAUGUUUUGGAGGAAGGCAUCGACGUCAGUGCAUGCAACCUUGUAGUCUGCUUUGAUGAGCCGAAGAAUCUGGUGUCGUACGUGCAGCGGCGAGGACGUGCUCGGCAGAGAGAGUCCAAAUACGUCGUCUUCCUGUCCCACAAUUCUCCAGCCGCCGAUCAAUCGUCGUGGCAGCGUCUUGAGGCCGAGAUGAAGGAAGCAUACAUGCGAGAACGAGAAGUGGAACCUGUUAUCCCCGAGUCGGAUGAGGAACUCUCCAGCCGUUCGUACACCGUCCCAAGCACAGGCGCAAGGCUCACUCUACAGAACGCCAAAGCUCAUCUCUAUCACUUCUGCGCCGUCGCAUCGAACCACGCCGGGCCCUAUGUGGACGUCAGACCAGAAUUCGAGGCGCGAAGUAACGGCGGAUCGCGGCCAUGGACAGCCCAGGUGACGCUGCCGGCCUUUGUCAGCCCCAGCGUUCGCACGGCUGUAAGCUCCACGGCGUAUUCAAGCGAGACCACUGCGAUCAAAGAUGCAGCCUUUGAGGCGUCCGUCGCCCUCCACAAGGCAGAGCUGGUGAACGACAAUCUUCUGCCCUUUGCCAACGAAUAUGUGCCGGAAGUUGGCCAAGACCACAUGGAUCAGGCUUCUUUGAUGAAGAUAGCGCCGCGCGAGUCUGCUUGGAGACGUCUCGCUGGGACGUCCGAAGAUCAAGUAGAGUGGUAUAAGCAUGCGCUCAGCGUUGGUGUCGGCGAGAGCACGAUCGAAGUGCUUGUUUACCUUCCGUGUGCCUUUGGCUCUCAGUCGUUGGUCUUCGAUCUCUUCUGGAACCGCGAGAUCACAUUCACAGCCAGGCUAGAGAGCGUAGCCAACUCGAUUCCAGAGAACAGUAACGACCAACUCGACGAUUUCCGUCGCUUCACGCACACGGUGUUGAGAUCGAUGCAUGGCACCCGCAUGCCCGACCGGAAAGAGCGCAACUUCGCCUACAUUGUCUCUCCAACCAACGGGAUGAGAGACGCAAAUCAGGACUUACAAGGGCAUGAUUCAGCUUCGGCCCUCGAGAGAUCGCCUCCCCCUUCAGAUCGGCUUCGUACCAUUCGUACACCGUAUCUUGAAAAUGGUACAAUGCUCUGGACUGGCGAUGAACCUAUUACGAAUGAAGAUGGAGAGAAGGAGGUUCAAGUCACCGCAUUCCCACGUCGCAAGAACUUUCUGAGACCGAUGGACCCUACUGGUAACGAAGGCGCUGCGCAUACUGCUGUGCAGAGUUUGCUAAUCAGGGAUUGUACGCUGGAUCGACUGCCGACUGAGUAUACCAUACUUGCGGCAUUCGUCCCUUCCAUCAUGCACCGAGUCGAUUUAGCCCUGACUGCACAACGAAUGCAGGAUGAGGUGCUUCCGGAGGUCUGCUUCGAUAACGUAGAUCUGCUGGUUCAGGCUACGUGUGCACCCUCGGCCAACGAAGUGUUCGACUACAACCGGCUUGAGUUUCUUGGGGAUACCAUCCUCAAGUUCUACACUGUCCGCCAGGUGUCCGGGGAGCAUCUCAAUUGGCCAGAGAGAUAUUUGACACUCGAAGAGCACCGGCUCGUCAGCAACGCCACCCUGUGCAAAGCAGCCGAACGCCUGGGACUUGAUCGGUUUAUCAACACGAAAGGCUUGGCGAGCGCCAGAUGGCGGCCAGACUACCUGGACACUCCCAAAGACAGAACAGAGGUGCAGCGUGAAGUAUCCAGCAAAAUUCUGGCAGACGUGGUUGAAGCUUUGAUCGGAGCCGGCUACGUCGAUGGAGGCGAGCAGAAGGCCUUUUCUUGCUUACGAACUCUCCUGCCGGAGGGACACUGGUACCCGCACGCAGAUCCGAUCAGUGCAAUGCUCGAGAAGGUUCUCACGAUGGAUGUGCCUAGUGUGCGUCCUCUGGAGGAACUUAUCGGCCACAGCUUCAAACGUCCGGCUCUCCUUCUCGAAGCCAUCACGCACGCUUCGUUCCCCCACAACACUGGCCUGUCCUACGAACGCCUAGAGUUUCUCGGAGAUGCUGUGUUGGACAUGCUCAUUGCCCCAAAGCUCUUCGAACACCCGCGGAAGCUGCCCGAGUGGACCAUGUCUCGUUACCACGAUGCUAUAGCCAACGGGAAGUUCCUCAGCUACUGCUGCCUUGCCUUCUCGACGGAGGAGAAGAGCUACGACGCUGCCUUGCCGACCACCGCCACCGGCCGCGGUGUCGGACUUCAGGAGACAGUGCGGACCAUCCACCUCUACGACUUCCUGCGAUGCGGAGCACAAGUGUCUCAGGUCAAGCGGCAGGCUGAGGGAGCCUUUAGGCAAGCCCGUGAAACGAUCGACAACGCUUUGCACAAUGGAGAAGAGUAUCCAUGGCCCGAGAUUAUGGCUCUCGAGGCCCCAAAGUUCUUCUCAGACAUGAUCGAAUCCGUCCUCGGAGCCAUCUACCUCGACUCCGAAGGCGAUCUCGCCGCCUGCGAGCGCUUCCUUCAGAAACUCGGGGUGGCCGCAAUAUUGAAGAGGAUGCUUGAUGACCACGUCGAAGCAGUGUAUCCGAAAGAACAGCUCGGCAUUCUUGUUAGUGGGAAGGAGGUCAAGUACAAGACUACUGCGAGCAAGAUGGAAGAUGGGAAGAAGGCUUUCUCGUGUGCUGUGCUGGUUGAUGACAAACCCACGGCGACUGCAGAAGGCUGUGGGAAUAAAGAAGAAGCGGAGGCGAGGGCUGCGAGGGCGGCUGUGAGGGUGUUGGAAGAAGGGAGGAAGGCUUGCUUUAAGAAAAGGAAGCUUGAUUCGGUGACGGGGGCGGAAGAAGAUCUUGUUGAUUUGACGGCCCACUAG